UCAUGGAAGAGGUGAGAGAUCGAGAUCAGAAUACACAAGUUGAAGGCAUUGAAUCUGGAUUGGAAGCAGAUAAAUCUCAAAACUCAAUUAAGAGGACAGGCAAUCUAUGGACAGCAAGUGCACACAUUAUCACAGCAGUGUUAGGGUCUGGAGUUCUAUCACUAGCUUGGGGCAUGGCGCAGUUGGGAUGGAUCGCCGGCGCCACAACUCUCGUCGUCUUCUCUGCCGUAACAUUGUACACAUCGAAUCUACUAGCAGAUUGCUAUAGAACUCCUACCGGCGCGCCUUGUCAUACGUACACACAAGUCAUCAAAAAUAACUUCGGUGAGGCGAUGUAUGGAAUGUGUGCCACGGUUCAAUACGCCAUCUUAGGUGGAUUGCUGGUCGGUUACACCAUCACAACAUCGUUAAGCAUAGUGGCGAUUGAGAAAUCAGAGUGCUUUCGCAUCAAAGGGCAUGAAGCUGUAUGCAGAGCUUCUCACAUUGAAUACAUGAUUGGAAUGGGAAUUGUUGAAGUAUUGUUGUCACAAAUCCCUAAUUUCGAUAAACUAUCAUUCCUCUCUUUAUUUGCAGCUGUUAUGUCUUUGGCCUAUUCCUCCAUAGGCGCAGGCCUCGCCUUUGCAAAAUUCGUUUCAGGGAAAGGAGGAGGGACCAGCCUUGGUGGCAUCGAGAUCGGUAUAGGUUUAUCUCCUUCUCAGAAGAUGUGGAGAGUGUUCAGAGCCUUUGGUAACAUUGCUUUUGCAUAUAGUUAUUCCAUAAUCUUGAUUGAAAUUCAGGAUACACUAAAAGCAACACCUCCCGAAAACGUAGUGAUGAAAAGGGCCAACGCCGUUGCGGUGGCGACCACGACCGCGUUCUACAUGAUGUGCGGAUGCUUCGGCUACGCGGCGCUCGGAAACCAUGCGCCCGGGAAUAUGCUCACCGGCUUCUACGAGCCCUUUUGGUUGGUCAAUGUUGCCAACGCUUGCGUCGUGGCGCAUCUUGUCGGGGCGUAUCAGGUGUGCGCGCAGCCCAUCUUUAAGGCGGUCGAGCAACGUAGCAGGAGGAGAUUCCCGAAAUCGAAGUUCAUCAAUGCAGAAUACAGCAUUGGCAUUGGCAAGCAUAAAUUGACCAUAAAUUUGUUCAGAUUGAUUUGGAGGACUAUGUUUGUAGCACUUGCAACCCUAGUUUCAAUGAUAAUUCCAUUCUUCAAUGACAUUCUAGCCCUUCUUGGGGCUGUGGGGUAUUGGCCUCUGACAGUGUUUUUUCCCAUCGAGUUGUACAUCACCACGAACAAGAUCCCGUGGCACACGUGGCGGUGGCUCGGCCUUCAAACGAUCAACGUGACUUGUUUGCUCGUGGCUUUAGCCGCCGGCUGUGGUGCGGUUGAAGGUCUCAGCAGAGGGCUUAAGGGCUACACGCCUUUUAAGUUUGUGGAGUAGAUAAACGAUUUCGAUACCACGUGAUAGUGUAGAAAAUUAAUUUG